CAGAGCCAUAUUAGUAUCUUUUAAGACAUUGUUUGAGACGAUCUUGAAAUAAGAUUUGACUAUGAAUACCGCCCUAAGACUAGAACCAGAAGCAGGCCUGCUCGGUUUAGGAGUGGGGGUAUAGGCAUACGUAGAAAAGGACAAACGUAGACGUUGAAAAAAGGGACGGACGAUGUAACAUGUAUUUUCUUCUCUUUCACACGCAGGCGAGUGUAAGAGAGAAGGAAAUACCUGUUAUAUCGUACGUAAAGCGGGUCACACACACUUUCCGUAGAACGUAACAGUAAGGUUUUGACCAAUCACGUACUUGAUUUAGUCGCUUACUGUUACGGUCGCCCAAUCCAACAUGUCGAAAUCUUAAGGUGCCUUUUCAUGCUGACGCUUGACGCUCAUUUUCAGCGGCAAGAAGGUCAUGUGACCACAAUUGACGCCAGCGUCAAUCGAAAUCCCAUGAAAAGGAGAACAGCGUGAAGAUUUCGGCGUCGUGAGUGAUAUAAAAAUGUCUUUUAUUAAUAAAUAUCAAGUUUGGUUACAGGAAUGUAAUCAAAAAUUGUUAAAAAGGGAACAAAUAAAAAGGAAAGCACUAAUAGCACUUCUUAUCAAUGAAGUACAAAAAAAGAAAAAAAGAAAUUAUUCAAAAAAACGUUAUUGGGUCGAACCAAUAUUUCAAGAACGUAAAUUACAUGGAUUUUAUCAUGCAAUAUUUCCUGUAAUUACAUUAGAAGACAGUAGAUUUCGAAAUUAUUUUCGUAUGAGUGUAACUCAAUAUGAAGAAUUAUUGUGCAUAAUUGCACCUUCUCUAACUAAACAAACUGUAAUUAGGGAACCAAUACCACCUGCAGAACGGCUAUCUAUGACAUUAAGAUUUUUGGCGUCUGGUGACUCGAUGACUUCAAUAUCUUACCAAUACCUUGUUGGACUAACAACUGUCAGUAAUAUUAUCGAAGAAACAUGCAGUGCUAUAUGGAAUUGUUUGGUAAAAGAAGUACUUCCAUCCUGUUUAAAAGAAGAAGAUUGGUUAGAUAUUGCAAAUGAAUUUGAACAUAAAUGGAAUUUUAACCAUUGUAUUGGGGCAAUCGAUGGUAAACAUGUUCUUAUUCAGUGUCCAAAUAAUGCAGGUUCUUCUUAUUUUAAUUAUAAGCACACUCACAGUAUUGUUUUACUUGGAAUUUGUAAUGCCAAUUAUUGUUUUACAUUUGUCGAUAUUGGUGCUUAUGGUCGACGUAGUGAUGGAGGUAUCUUUAAAGAUUCUCUUAUAGGUCAAAAAUUCCAUAAUAUGGAAAUGAAUUUACCACAACCACGACCUUUAACAUCAAAUGGAGAAUCAUUGCCUUAUGUCCUUGUUGGUGAUGAAGCUUUUCAACUGACAAAUUAUUUACUUUGGCCUUACCCUGGGAAAAACUUAAAUGAAGAACGAACAAUUUAUAAUUAUCGUCUUAGUCGGGCAAGAAGGACAAUAGAAAAUACUUUUGGUAUUAUAGUAAGUCGUUGGAGAAUUUUAAAACGACCUAUUAUUUGCACUGUCGAAAAAUCAAUGAAGAUUAUACAAGCAAUUGUGUGUCUUCACAAUUGGAUACGGAAACAGGAUACUGAUGAAAAUCAAUAUGUAACUCCAACGAUAAUUGAUAGAGAAGAUUCUGAUGGUUUUAUUCCUGGUUCUUGGAGAGAAGAAAUAAAUAAUAGUGCUUUGGAAAACAUAACGAGAACUGGCAGUAAUAAUUGUUCUCGUCACGCUAUGGAAAUUCGCGAACAAUUUUGUGAAUAUUUUAAUAACGAAGGAGCUCUAACAUGGCAAUAUAAUAUGUGCUAAGUACUAUAUUAAAUAUAUGAAA